AUAUUUUGCUUUAUACCAUGUGAUUCUUUUUUUGGCACAUUUCAGGCUGAUACUGGAGCUCUCAAGUUAGAUGCCUGGAAACAACUUGCCUUGGAAGAGGGAAAGGAGAUUCCCGAAGAGGGUGAUGCUCAAAGGUUGAUGCUUUAUGCAGGUGCUGAUCAUGUAUUGCAUAAGAUCUUGCACUGGGAGACUGCAGAAAGCGAAGUGGAUAGAUUGAAGUCAAGGCUUUCACAGAUUUAUUAUGAUAAUCUGGCAAAGCUAAGAAAACCAAUGGAUGGGUUGGAAGAAUGGCUUGAUGCUGUAUAUACAGCUCGCAUCCCUUGUGCUGUGGUUUCAAGUCUUGAUCGAAGGAACAUGGUUGAUGCCUUAGAACGAAUUGGCCUCAAGAAGUAUUUCCAGGCAAUAGUUUCUGAGGAAGAUGGUAUGGAGUCAAUAGCUCAUAGAUUUCUCUCAGCAGCUGUAAAGCUGGAUCGUAAACCAUCGAAGUGUGUAGUGUUUGAGGAUGAUCCUCGCAGCAUUACUGCAGCUCACAACUGUACUAUGAUGGCUGUGGCAUUGAUUGGCUCUCACCCAGCGUAUGAUCUGGUGCAGGCUGAUCUUGCAGUUGGUAACUUUAAUGAGCUUUCAGUGAUUAAUCUUCGAAGAUUAUUCGCUAACAAGGGUUCUACUUUCAUGGACCGGCAAAAGCAGAUCAUAGAGAAGAAUCCUCCGAAAAGGAAGCUUACAGUCGACACCAUAUUCUGAAUUCAUUUCUCAUCUUCCCCGAAUGAACAUUUCUCAUCUUCUUCCCCUUCAUUCGGAAUUUGUCCCUGUACGUAGCAAAACCGUAGGUAGAAGAGUUGUUUACAUUUUCUCUUGAUAGGAAAAUGUUUUCCACCCGUCAUUCAUCUGAUUGUACAGUGGAUUGGUUAAUUCAGUUCUCAUCAUGGUAGAACUUCACUCUAAAUAUGAAUGUUGGAACCGAGAAUCUCCUGAUAAAUGGGAUGGUAUUGUAAUUUUGUGCGGGAUUAUUGAAAAUGAUUCCCUUUUUCCUGAUUACUAGUAUGGUUUUACUGCUUGUUUUCAUCUUGCAAUACUUAAUAGCCAAAGUAUUUUCAGGUCCCAAUAUGAUGAUAUUGCUUGACCUGGUUGGUUAGCAAGGCAAGUAAUUAGACAACCAUAGGCAUUAGUUUUUCAAUUUCCUCAUGCUAAAUCAGCAACCUCAUCAUGAAUUCUGUCCACUUUACAUCCUCUUCAACCAUCCUCGUCAGCUUGUUAUCGAAUGAAUACACAUUCUAUAUGAUUGUCUUCUGAAAUUCCUUACAAACAAUGAGCCUACAGACAUGAUCAAACAGAAGAAAAAGCAAUGCUCAAGGAAAAAUCAACAUUGAAACCAAAGGAAGAUAAAGCAAGAAGUAGCAUGUAGAGUGCAUUGUCUUAAAAGAAACAAGUGAAAAGCUGUUUUGUCCACAAGACAACUCAAAAACUGCUAAUUAAAGUGUGACAGCUGAGUGAGCCAACUUUAGAAAUUUGAUCUCACCAUUCUAAAUGACUCCGCCUACCACUUAAGUACACAUAAAAUACUCAGACUGGGACAAAUUCUCUCAUUGUUUUCAUUGUUACUCAAAGCAGCUGACAGAAACACAAACUCAUAGACAUCCAAGUUAUUAUGAAUAAAAUUGGAUUUGUUCAAAUGAAAUAAAACAGCACAUUUCCUGCUCAAUUUCCAUUAUUAAACAUCCAGGAACUUACCAGUUCAAGUACCAAAGAACUA